AUGUCAGAGGCAGAAAAGACUCGACCGGCUAUCAUACACCAGCUCAAGCCAGCUCCUCGACGUCCUGCGCAGACUGUUCACUCUCCACGACUCAAAUCAGAGGUCCACUUUACACAUCCAGGAUCGAUACCAGACAUCGGUGAGGAUCCGUGGAGUAAGCAUGUUGAUCAGUCUUUUCUGACUCUUGUUCCUCCAGAUACCCUUCGCAUUCGUACUACUGAUGUCGCUCAGCCUUUUCUAGAUCCGAGGUCAAUGCAACAAUCUUGA